GGUGCCAUACAAUGCCAAUACCAAGAAUUGAAUAUUCAGUAGUAUAUAAUUCCUUGGCCACAUAAACUCAAAUACGAACCCUGAACAGUCAGUCUAUUCUGUUAAGUUGUUGAUAUACAUUUAAUCCAGUGAAAUGAAGUUCUCAUUGAUAUUCCUCUUUGCUUUAAUAUUGGCUGUUGCCACUGCUCUUCCCGCUCAGAGGAAAUCUGCUACUAAGAAACCCAAAACAGCUUUCCAGCAAUGUACAGAUGCGUGCGAAUUCAACAGACAUCUAAGACCAGUUUGUGGAACUGAUGGACAAAGUUAUCCAAAUCCUGGAAUCUUAGAAUGUCACAAUCGAUGUGGUCACAGUGUUCAAGUAGCUUCUGAUGGAUUCUGUAGGAAAAAUCUCCCUAAGAGCUUCAGGGAUUGAAUUCAGCAAUUUCACCAAUUAUUUUAUUUUGUAAAGUAACUAGUCAUUGUAAGUUUUUUAAAUAAAAUUAAUAUGAAUAAGAAAA